GAUUUCAACACAAAGUAGAGCAAUGGCAACUCUCCUAGAAAAAGCUAGCUUUAUAGCACUUCUUGUUUUUUCAGUACUAGUUGAGACUGUAGUCAGUGCAGGACUAAAUUUGGAAGUAGAGAUUCAAGCACUGAAAGCAUUCAAGAAUUCAGUUACGAAGGACCCGCUUGGUUCUCUUCAGGAUUGGAAUGACUCUAGCCAUCACUGCAACUGGACUGGAAUCAAGUGUCAACCUUCAACGAAACGAGUCGUCUCAAUUUCCCUUGUUGAGAUGCAAAUUGAGGGCUCAGUCACUCCAUUCCUUGGAAAUCUUACUAGUCUCCAGGUUCUUGAUCUAACUUCAAACUCAUUCACUGGUCACAUUCCUUCACAACUAGGCUUAUGCUCACAGCUUACUGAUCUUAUCUUUUACCAAAAUUUGCUUUCGGGAUCAAUCCCAUCAGAGCUAGGAAACCUCAAAAAUCUGCAGUAUGCAGAUUUUGGAAACAAUUUAUUUAGUGGCAGCAUUCCAGAAAGUUUAACCAACUGCACAGAACUUUUGGCACUUGCCCUAAAUACUAACAAUUUCACUGGUGAAAUCCCAUAUGACAUCGGUAAUUUGAUUAAUCUACAGAUUUUUGUAGCUUAUACAAAUAGUUUAACAGGUUCAAUACCUACUUCCAUUGGUAGACUUAGAGAUGUUCAAGACCUUGACCUGAGUGAUAAUAAGUUAUCUGGUUCAAUUCCGACAGAAGCAGGAUACCUGUUAAAGUUACAGAGACUUCAGUUAUUCUCCAAUUCCCUCACCGGGGAAAUUCCAGAAAAAUUAGGCCAGUGCAACAAGCUUAUCUUGCUAAACUUAUAUGGAAAUCAUCUUACUGGAGCCAUUCCAAUUGCUCUUGGUAAUUUGUCAAGUUUACAAGCCUUGCGGUUAUAUGAUAAUGAGUUAAAUUCUACAUUUCCACUCUCAUUUCUACAACUAAAAUCAUUAAUCAAUUUGCAACUUUCAAAUAAUGAUUUAAGUGGAAGCAUACCUUCAGAGAUUGAUUCUUUGGCAUCUUUGCAAAUACUGAUGCUACAUAACAAUAGGUUUACUGGGGAGAUCCCUUCAUCAGUAACGAAUCUGACAAAUCUCACUUACUUGUCCAUGGGCUUUAAUCUCCUCACUGGAUCAUUACCAUUAAACAUCGGGUCAUUACACAAUUUAAAGAACUUAUCCUUAAACAACAAUCUUCUGGAUGGAAUUCUUCCACCCAGUAUCACCAACUGCACACAACUGCUUAGCAUAAGUCUGUCUACUAAUAAUCUGACAGGAAAAAUCCCUCGUGGAUUAAGUAAGUUGCAAAAUCUCACAAUCUUGAGUGUAGAAGACAGUCAUAUGUUUGGGGACAUUCCGGAUGACCUCUUCGAGUGCAGAGGUCUGAGCAAACUGAUAUUAAGUGGUAAUAAUUUCACUGGUUUUUUAAAACCAAGCAUUGGAAGGCUCACCAAUCUGCAACUUCUGUAUCUUGAUAAAAAUUCAUUUUCGGGAAGGAUUCCAGAAGAAAUUGGGAAUCUUAGUCAACUGCUUACAUUAUCCCUCCAUACAAACAAAUUCUCAGGGAUAGUUCCUCCUGAACUGUCAAUGCUCACUCUCCUCCAAGGCCUUUCUCUGAAAAACAAUCUACUGGAAGGUUUAAUCCCAGGGAGCAUAUUUGAGCUUAGAAAUCUAUACAUUCUAUUGUUGAACAAAAACAAGUUCACAGGUCCCAUCCCAGACGCUAUUUCAAAACUUGAGCAACUGUCACACUUGGAUCUCAGUGAAAACAAGCUUUCUGGGCCAAUCCCAAAAAGCAUGGCAAGACUGAAGAGGAUGAUGACCUUGGAUCUCUCACAUAAUAAUCUCACAGGAUCCAUUCCAGGAACAGUGAUUUCAAGCAUGAGAACGAUGUCAACAUACCUCAGCCUUUCAUACAAUUCAUUUUCUGGAACACUUCCACCUGAGAUGGGAAUGCUACAAGAGGUACAAUCCAUCGACAUCUCAAAUACCAAUCUCUCAGGAAGUAUCUCUACACUCAAAGGCUGCAGAAAUUUGUUCACACUUGAUCUGUCAAAUAAUAAACUAUCUGGACAAAUCCCAGCAGACACUUUCGCUCAGCUUACUGUGCUUACCAAACUGAAUCUCUCAACUAACCAGUUAGAUGGACCACUACCUGAAAAUUUGGCAAUUUUAAGGAAUCUUAGCUCGGUUGAUCUUUCUCACAAUAUGUUUUCAGGCAUUAUACCUGAAAAGUUUUCCAAUAUAUCCACCUUGAAAUAUCUCAACCUUUCUUUCAAUCGACUUGAAGGACGUGUUCCAGAGACUGGUCCUUUUAGAAAUAUAAGUGUAAGCAGUUUGCAAGGAAAUCCAUCCCUUUGUGGAGGCAAAUCUUUCCAGCCAUGCAUUGAACAGAAGAAAUCGAGAGGAGGUUUGUCCAAAAAGACUGUGAUAAUUCUUGCUUCAGUUGGAUCGUUUGGUGUACUCAUGCUUUUUCUAUCAGCAAUUCUGAUGUUUCGUCGAUGCACGGGAAAAAUAAGAGCAAAGGAGCUGGAGGGUGCAGCACCAAAUUACACUUCAAAAUCAAUUCUCAAGAGGUUUAAUCCAAAGGAAUUGGAAGAUGCUACUAAUCAGUUCAAUGAGGAUAACAUCCUGGGAUCAAGCAGCAUGAGCACUGUAUACAAGGGUAUACUGGAAGAUGGACAGCUGAUAGCUGUAAAGAACUUGAAGGUGCAUCAGUUUGCUGUUACAACUGAAAAAAGUUUCAACAGAGAACUCAGGACACUUGGUAAACUAAAACACAGAAAUUUGGUGAAGCUAAUUGGUUACGCGUGGGAGAGUUCAAAGCUGAAGGCAAUAGUACUGGAGUACAUGGAAAAUGGUAACUUGGAGACCAUUAUACAUAAUUCAGGGAUGGAUCAAGCACGAUGGACACUGUCUGAGAGGAUUGAUGUUUUCAUCUCAAUUGCAAGGGGUUUGGUUUACUUGCAUUCAGGUUAUGAUUUUCCAAUAGUCCACUGUGAUCUAAAGCCAUCCAAUGUUCUUUUUGAUGGGGAGUGGGAUGUUCAUGUGAGUGAUUUUGGGACAGCCAGAAUUCUUGAUAUUGAUAUGAACAGCAGCAGCUCCUCCUCGGCAUCAGCCUUUGAAGGAACCAUUGGAUACCUAGCACCAGAAUAUGCAUUUAUGAAGAAAGUCACGACAAAAGUAGAUGUUUUUAGCUUUGGCGUGAUAGUGAUGGAGUUCCUCACAAGAAAACGUCCAACAGGACUUUCUCAAGAGAAUGGACAGCCAAUCACUUUGCCUCAACUAGUUCAGAAUGCUUUUGCAGAUGGAACUGAACGAUUACUUCAAGUAGUAGACCGUCAGCUAGUUCCAGAUAUCUCAAAGCAAGAGCAACUAGAGAAAAUCCUACAAUUAGCCUUAUCAUGCACGUGCCAAGAGCCAGAGGGUCGUCCUGACAUGGAAGAGGUGAUGUCUUCACUAUCAAAGAUAAGCAAAAUGGCAACACAGAAUGGCAUCACAGAAGAUGGCAGAUCAAAGAAAGGACAGACCAGCAAUGCUGCCUUUCAGAGUAAAAGCACUGGAUCUUGAAUCCUAUUAAGUUAUAAAAGUCAUCUUUUUCAAGGUCUCAUUUUUCAUUUAGCGUUUAUUGGUUUAAAUUUGAAUAAAUUUGUUCUUAAUACAUUGUGUUCAGCAAAAGUCUGCCUCACUUGUGCAAAUAGUU